CUUUGAUUUACCAAUGUCAGUUAAUCUAGACAUAUUCAAAAGUUAUAACAAGGUCAUAAAGAGCUUGAAUUCUUCUUCAAUGAAUAUCAAGCCUUCUCUUUCGAAUACAACAGAGUGGAACUCUUCUUUUCGAAAAUCAUUUCAAAAGGUAGGAAGGAAAAAGCUUAUCUUUCCCUCAUCCCCGUUAACAAAUGAAGGAUUAAGGAACCUUCAGACCAAUGUGGACUCACAAAGGAUCACUAACGAAGUUUCUUCAGUAGUCCAACUGAAAGGGAACAAAAAUCCUUACUGUAGGAGAUGUAAAUAAGUUUAAGCAAGGCUACACUAUCUCAAAGCUGACUAAUACAAUUAUUAAAAGAAAGACUAUCUAUAACAAUUCUAAUUAUUGAAUAUGUAAGCGAAGAAGUGAAAUACCUAAGGGUCAUUUGAGACUCAAAGACAAUGUUAUGGUUCAGAAGUCAUUUCAUUUCAAACCUCCUGUUCUUAUCAACCCAAAGGCCGCUACAAGUUCUAGAAGUAAAUAAGAAUCCUAGUUGAAAGAAUUCAAAACGAAUCACUUUUUACUCUGGAAAUACAGGGGCUACUUUUGAAGGAGGUCAAGCAUCGGCUAAGAUGCCAUUCGUUAAUCAUAACGACUUUGUGAGGAAGAAGAAUUUCAGCAGUUUAGAGAACACUAAUCCUUCACAUCGGAGAAUAAAGUCGAAAAUAGAAGUUGACCGGAUGCAAAAUAUGUAUGAGAUGUUCUUGAAAUCUUCUGGAAGAGGUAAAAAUUUCAAAAAUAGAGAAGAUGAAGAUACAUUCAUGAGGGAAAUCUCUUCUGGUAAAGACUCUCAUGGCUCAAGACCUCAAACUCCGAAGAAGAUGGAGACUUUGUUUAUAAAGAGUGAGAAAUUUAAAGGUGGGGAAUACCCAGCUUCAUUACUUUUCAUGGAUUUUAACAGACGAGAACUGAUUGAUAACUUCUUUGCUCAAGGUACUGUAGUUAACGAUGAAGAGAAAAAGGAGAAGCUGAAUAGGGAAAUUUAUCAAAAGUUUAAUUCCAAGUAUGGUCUCUCAAGAGCCAAGAACCAAGAUUCGAAGAUCAUCUCGAAUAAUAUUAAAAUCAAGCUCAUGCUUAAAGAUAAAAUGAAGUUGCAAUAAUUUUAUUUUUCAAUAAUGACUUAAAA